AUGGGGGCCCCCUACAGGCAGCUGCUAUUCUGUCUCCUCGCUGCAGCAGCAGCAGCAGCAGCAGCAGCAGCAACUGUAGCAACAGCAGCAAGAGCUGCAGCAGCAGCAACUGCAGCUACUGUAGCAGCAAUAAUAACAACUGCAGCAGCAGCAGCGGCAGCAGCAGCAACAGCAGCAACUGCAGCGGCAUCAGCAGCAGCAACUGCAGCAGCAGCAGCAGCAGCAGCAGCAGCAGCAGCAAUGUCUUGUUUCCUCCUCUUAUAG